AAAUACUGAACAGCACGUGGCAUCUGGUUUUCCAUGUACGAUGUGGCUGGAUUCCAAACGGCAUUAUUUCCAACACUAGUGCACUACAUAGUAUGCGGAAGUAAUUGUAACCGAGUACACUACGUAGGAAGUCAGGAGGCGUUUGGGAUUGAUUGAAAAUGUGUGCCUUGACCAGUCAAACGGCGGAACUGCGCAUGUGCAGCAACGGUGUCCAUAGCAACACUGCGGCUGUUCAGCGCACCAGCGAGCGUGUAUAGAAUAAACUCGUUUUAUAGCGUGUGUGUGUGUGUGUGUGUGUGUGUGUGUGUGUGUGUGUGUGUGUGUGUGUUUGAGCUGGAAUGAACGAGAAGGUCAGUUUACUGGUAAGUCACGGGUUAAAUUAUAAGUUUAAUGGCGGAAAAGAGGCGCUCAGGUUCAGCUGCGGAGCCCAAAGCAGUCAAAGCCGAGAGCGAUGAGGAGUUCCUGUGUCAGGCCGGAGUGGGAUCGCAGCUCCGGGCCGCGCUGCUGAAGCUGGUGGAGGCCCGACCUGAGGAUCCGAUAGGAUUCCUGGCUGAGCAUUUCACUAACGAGGCGUCGGAGACUGAGAGCGUUGGAGGAGGUGAUGCAGGAGAUGGUGAUGGAGAUGCGCUGGAGGAGCAGCAGAUGAACAAAGCGCUGUGGCAUCUCAGAUUAGCGCAUCACUCACAGAGAUCUGCCUUCAACAACAACAUCCGUGUGGCAUAUGAUCUGCUAAGCCGGUGCGGCUCGGCCCGGCGCGUCCCCGGUGGAGUCCAGGGCCGACUCUACACUGAGAUGCUGCGGUGCGUGUGUAGUGACAGCGGCCUGUUGGACGCAGCGGCUGCCACGCUCUUGCAUCACCUGCAGUGCCAUGAUUACGAGGCGGUGCCCUUUGAGCUGUUUCGGCAGGCUGUGCUGACGUGCACGUCGUUUUCCGAGUACAUACGCAGAGCACGGUGCCUGUAUGCUGCAGUGGCGUGUCCUUCUGACCGGCCUGCCGAGCGUGGAUUAUGUGAUGCUGUCCUCAACGCUCUGCGAGAGGCUCUGGACACCUCCCACGGGCCUGAUGCCUCACGUUACCUCGAGGCCAGUGCCAAGAUCUCACCCACUGAGCUGGCGCGGGCCAUGGCCGAGACCCGAGGUGCUAGCAGGGAGCGGGAAGGGCCGGGCAUGGACAUGCGUGAGUUUGAGGACGCCGCCGCAGGACUCUUUUUAGCCAGGGUGCGAGUGGUACACUGAGUGAGAAUGCAGAUAGAAGCUAGUAUUAAGAUUAAAGUGUUAAGCUUUGUGCUCAGAUACAAGUGCAUUUAGGCUGAAAGUUUAUCCGACACCUAACGUCUCUAUGUUCUUUUUUUAAAAAACACUGAUAAACGUUUUAGCACUCGGACAGGAAGGCUACGAGUUGGUAUCGAAAAGUUUUGAGACUAGUUCUGUUCUUCAUUUAUUUUACGGUUACACACUAUAGUCCUCUUGCACAGCAAUACAGAGCUCCCAAUGUUCCUGCCACUUCUGGAAUUUGUCCUGUAAGUCUUCUGUAAGUCUGUAAGCGUGUCGAGCACCUUCUGAGAUUCGCGCCGGAUCUCCACAAUCGUGUCAGAACGGCGACCUUUGAGCUGGAUCUUCAUCUUCUUCAAAAGGGGGGCGAAGUCCGCAGGAGCUGAAUCUGGCGAAUAGGGUGGGAGCGAAAGUGAGAUCAUGUUUCCUGCGAGAAACUCAGUUGUGAGGAGAUCUCAUUGACAGGGUGCGCACGUGGUCAGAAUAGCAGACGUGAUAACACACGUGGUGAGAAUAACACCGGUUGAACGAGAGUUGAAGGAUGAUGUUGGCAUGUUACAAAACGAGUCUCGAAACUUUUUGAUACCACCUGGUAUAGGAAAUUAAAUACCCACUAUUUGGAUGGAUGGAUUGAUGGAUUGAUGGAUUGAUGGAUGGAGUUCUUUAUCAAUCCCAAGGAAAAAUUGUAAUUGUAAUUGUAACGUACAGCCGUGGCGUCCAGAAGCGCAUUUUAAAGCACAUGUUCAACUUUCUUCAUAUUACAACAACAGAAGGCAUCAUCAAGUUCCAUCGCUGUCAGCUAAGAACAGGAAGUUGAGACCACACUGUGUAAAGGGUUAGCCAAAAAUACAUUUAAAAAAGUAGAAUUAUUGUAGGCUUCCUGUCAGCUGAAGCCAGUCUGGCCGUUUUGCUGCUUUUUUUUAUCUCAUUUAAAAACACACAAAACAUUGUCUCACAGGAUGUUCCUCUGAGAGAAAAUGAUUCAGCUUUUCAAAUUCAACAGCUCACAAACACAGAGGUAGAACAUUCUCACCAUUCUUUAUGCAGUCUCAAGCAACUUUAACCCAGUUGACGGGACACAAGAUCCUGUUCUUGUUACUUGAGUAAACAGAACAUUGAAUGAUGUAAUUAUGGAAAGAUUUCUCUGGUAGGUUAAACAUUUGUGCCUCUGUUUAUUUUGCUAAAGCCAUGCCAAUGUUUUCAUGCCGCUGUAUUCUUUUCAAUAAAGGACGCAACACCUGAUAUUUUGGGGAAAAACUUCCCAAUUUCA